CGGGAAAAAUCAGCCAGAGCAGGACCGUCAGGACCAGAACCAGGACUGGAUGCGAUUAUAACCUGUGCACCAUGGCUCAGGAAUUUCACGUGGUCAGGUGUUUCAGAUGUGAGGUUUUCCAGGUUCAACAGGCAUGACUGCAGAGAGCCUUUGUGUGUUUGCCCUAUGUUCUGUCUGUCAGGUGAAGAAGGUGAACAGGUGGAGGUGUAAAGUGUGUGGAGAGAAACAAUCGCUGCUCAAGGAGUUUGGGCGGGGCUCCGGGGCUGACUGCAGACGUCACGUUCAGAAACUGAACGCCAUGAGAGGAGACAUGAUGGGGGCGCAGGAGCACCACAACCGGUUGCUAUGGGAACAGGCGGUGGCAGAUGGAGAAGAAGAAACCGAGCAGGAGAGAGACAACCAGGUGACAGAGAAACAGGGGAGACAGACUCAGCUGAGCCGCUGGAGCAAAUACAUGGACACACCUGAGGAGGCACAGUCAGAGGAGGAGAAUGUUUUGAUGCUCCAUGUCAACAAUGUGACCGACAGGAAGAGGAAGAGAACAGACACACCUGAGCAGUCAAACUGCUCCAGUCUGAUGAGGAAACCUGUUAGACCAUCAGCCACAACCAGAAGCACCAGUCUGACACACACCAGUCCUCCCAGUAUGAUUAAAUCCAGUCCGACCAGUCCGAUCCAGUCCAGUCUGACCCACACCGGUGCUCAGAAUCUGAACCUUUCCAGUAUGCCCAGUCUGACCCACACCAGUCCUCCCGGUCUGAACCGGUCCAGUCCUUUUAAUCUGGCAAGCACCAGUCCUCCCAGCAUGAAGAGAAUUAAUCCUCCCAGCCAGACUAGUGGUCCAGUCUCCAGGUGGACUCGUUUCCUCAGUACUGGCUGUCAGGUGCAGGAGGGGGAGGAGCCUUCUUUCAGUGGGAGGAGUCAACCGAUUGGUGGAGCUACCUCUCUGUCCUGUGGUGACGCCAUCAGCAGCGCCCCCCCUCUGCGUCCUGUUUUGUCCAUGUUUGAGAUCGGAGAUGAGUUCAGCUUUGACGACGAGGAGUUUCUGUCAGAACAGAGGGUUUAAACCCGUGUGGGAGGUAAAAUCGUUCCUUUGAUUUAUCCUGCUGAGGUUAUAAACGAACAAACAGGUCAUAAAGAAACACUGAAACUAACAGGACAGUUUAACAGUGACUGAAACGUUCAGUUUAUUCUACAGUGAGAAUCUUUUUUAUCUGAACCUCUGUCGUGUUCAGUUUAGAUCUGCAACCAUUUGCCUGUUAAUAUGUAUUUUUUUCUGAGCCUUUUUUAAAGAGAGAAUGUCAAAUUCUCCGGUUUUCUCAAAUGUGAAUAUUUUUGGGCUACUGUCUUAGUAACUGAAUCUCUGGGUUCUGGACAAAACAAAACCUGAAGAUGUCACUUUUAAUCAUUUCCUGAAGUUUUUCAGAUAAACGACUGCUGGUUAAUCAGCAGAUUAAUGGAUAAUGUUAAUAAUCCAUUAUCUGAAGCUGUGGUCAAGUUUCCUGUUUGUCAGACAGUAAACAUCUGCAGCUGCUCCAACUUCUGUUUUGAAACCUUUUAGUCUUCAGUGCAACCCGAACGAUACUGAUAUCGAUGUUUGAGGAUCUAUAAAAAUACUCUGUGCUUUGAAUAAUCAUUUGUGUCAUGUGGUAUUUCACAACAUUUACUUGUUUAAAAUCCUUAAACCUGCAGCUACUCAUUAAUUUUUACUCAUCAGUUACACAUUAAAACAGUUUCUCUGUCAGUCUGUACAUACUGUUAAUCCCUACUUCACUGUGACCAGGAUUAUCUUCCAAUCAUCUCAUACAUCCAGGUGUGAAAGGUGAGAACAGAGAAACAGUCAUCCUUCAGCAGACGGAAAUAAAAACGAACAGACUUCAAUCAAAGGGAAGAUUGAACAUCACAUGAGUGGAAGGAACUUUAAAAAUCUGAGCAAAAUAAAUCAGCUGACUGUCCUAUUCUGCUGAUUGAUUAAUUGUUAAAGUAAUUUUUUAAAAUGAAAAAACUCAUCCAGUGUCUCAGAUGUUCAGUUUUUCUGAUUUUAUCUAAGUAAGGUGAAGAUCUUUGAGUUUUAGACUAAUCAUUUGAAGAUGUCACACUUGACUCUGAUUGAUUAAAUAAUCAACGGCUUAAUCAAAGAAAAUACUGUUCAGUUGCAGCUCAGAUUUAAAAAAACAAAACUGGGAUUAGAACAACAUAUGAACAGCAGCAGUGAAUCAGAGCUGAUUAACAGUAAGUCAGUAAUUAUCUUCUUUACAUCAGCUACACUGAUACAGACAUGAUGUUCAUAUCAAAGCUGCGGAUAACGAUUAUUUUCUUUAUUGAUCCAGUAGUUCUUCAGUCUAAAAAAAAAACAUCAGACAAUAGUGGAAAAUGUGGAACAUAAUUUCACAGAGGCUGAGGCAAUGUCUUCCAUUUGCAUUUUUCAUUCUAUCAACAGUCCAAGACCCAAAUAUGUUAUUUUAUUAUUAGUUAUUUUGGCAAUUAAUCAUUUGGUCUAUAGAACAUCAGAAAACUGUUGAAAAUUCCUGUCACUGUAUCCAAGGAUACAAGGUCGCAUCAUCAAUUAUUUUGUUUUUUUUGAUCAAGAACUAAAACCCAAAAAUCUUCAGUUUACUUUCCUGUCAUUCCUUAUUAAAACCGAGAAAAGCAAAAACACAUCUGAGAACCUAGAACCAUCAGAACUGAAAAAUGACUCUCAGUUAAUCGAUCAGCAGAAUAGUUAAAGUUAAGUUUCUUUGAAUUGAUUAAUUGUUGCAGCUCUAAAUAUCAUAGAUGACCGGGAGAAAAACUAUUUCUCACACAUAUUUUCUAUUUUGUUUGAAAACUGACUAAAUAAAUCGAUUAUCAAAAUAA